AAUCAGAAAAACGCUUCCUCCUUUCCUUUUUGUUCGCUGUUUAUAAGCACAUCCUCCAUUUUGUUGUUGAACCAAAAAGGUUAAUUGUAUGUUUUGUGUAAUUAUUAAACGUUAAUGUUAUAAGAAAAUGAGUGAUUAUUCUGCGGUUGCUCCGCCACCACAAAAUUUUAAUCAAUCUACAGCAUUCGCAGCGGCUGUUCAACGUGCUAAACAGGUAAGCCAUUUAUAAUUAGCGGCAAAUGUGCUUGGCUUUUUAUAACCUGUUUUUCUAAUCUUGACUUUAUCAGUACAUGAAAUGAUUGCGGCUAAAAUUAAUCCAGGAACCACCGGCAACGAUAGUAGGCCGAAACGACCUUUAGAGGAAGUGGCAGAUGAGUUUGAUGUAGAACCGGAUGCGAAAAAAGGACCAGCUUCUUUGUUAUCUUCACAACUAGUUCCCCCUGGUAUGGGAAGACCUCCACAGAACCAAGGAAUGGGUGGUGGAGGCCCCCCUGGCAUGCAGCAAAUGAGCGAAGACAUUAAAGUUCCAGAUAAAAUGGUUGGCUUAAUAAUAGGUCGUGGAGGUGAACAGAUAACAAGAUUGCAAUCUGAGACUGGUUGUAAGAUACAAAUGGCGCCUGAUUCUCAGGGUAUGUCAGACCGAAUUUGUUCAUUGUCCGGUCCCAAAGAUGCCGUAGAAAGAGCCAAACAACUCAUCAUUGAUAUUAUUCGGCACAGGGGUGGACCUCCCGGUGUUAGCGACGAUGAAAUGUCAUAUCAAAACAACCAUUCCGAUUUUCAAGGAAUCACCAAUAUGGGCGGUCCAGGAGGCCCUGGUGGCGGCCCAGGCCCCGGCGGCCGCAAUUCCAUCGAAAUCAUGCUUCCCGGACCAAAAGUAGGACUGAUCAUCGGCAAAGGAGGUGAGACCAUCAAACAGCUGCAAGAAAAAAGUGGCGCGAAAAUGGUCGUAAUUCAAGACGGUCCCAAUCAAGAACACGAGAAGCCCCUGGUAAUCAGCGGUGAACCUCAAAAGGUAGAGCAUGCCAAACAGCUAGUAUAUGACCUGAUGGCUGAAAAGGAGAUGAAGAGUUUCAACAGAGGCGGCCCAAGAGGACGUCAGAACCAGGGACAAAACGAUGGAGGUGGUUAUGGCAAUAAUGAUUAUGGCGGUGGAGGCGGUGGUGGCGAACAGAUGGAAGUCUUAGUACCACGACCGGCCGUUGGUGUUGUAAUAGGAAAAGGUGGAGACAUGAUUAAGAAAAUCCAAGCCGAAACAGGUGCGAAAGUACAGUUCCAACAGGCUCGCGAUGAAGGCCCCGGUGACAGAAGGUGUUACUUGUCGGGAAAUCCCAAACAAGUUGAACAGGCCCGUCAGAGGAUAGACGAACUCAUAGACAGUGUGCUACAGCGUGACGGUGACGGUGGUGGUAUGGGUGCUCCUAUGGGAGGCGGUAUGCGCGGAGGCCGUGGCGGCGGUCGCGGUGGACGAGGCGGCCAUCACGGUGGACGUGGUGGUGGCGGCCAAGGCGGUUUCGAUAGGGGCGAUCGAAACGGCGGUGGUGGGGACUUCGGUGGUGGCGGUAAUCAGUGGGAAGAUAGACGAGGCGGUGGCGGCGGACCAGGUGGACAAGGUAACGGUCAACAGGACGUUGUUUCGUUUACGGUGCCGGCUAAUAAAUGUGGAGUUAUUAUUGGUAGAGGCGGUGAAACAAUAAAACAAAUCAAUCAACAAUCUGGUGCAUAUUGCGAGUUAGAUAGGCGAGCUCAAAAUCAGAAUCCUACCGCGAACGACAAAGUAUUUAAUAUCAAAGGCGAUCCCGAUUCGAUUGAAACUGCAAAACGAAUCAUCCAAGAAAAAGUACAAAUGCCUUUAACCUUCGUAUCACAAAGCGGCGGAGGUGGUGGCGGACCUCCGAUGAACAGCACCAUGCCAACAGCAUACCCAGGCAUGACUCCACAGAAUUACAAUCCUCAGAAUAAUUGGGGAAUGCAAGGAGGUGGUGGUGGUGGUGGAGUUGCAGGGGCUGGUGGUUAUCAACAACAGCAACAGUGGGGAGGUCAACCACAAGGUGCUGAUUCACAACCAGGUCAACCCAACAAAGUACAAGUAAACCCAUCGACAGGCCAACCAGAUUAUUCCAUGCAGUGGGCAGAGUAUUAUAGAUCUUUAGGUAUGCACAGAGAAGCCGAAAUGAUUGAACAACAGGCGAAGGCGAAAACUGCAGGAGGAUCUAUGCAAACGGCUCCUACUCCAGCCCAGCCGGCUGCGUCCACCCAAAGUGCUAAUCCCUCGUCUCAGGCUGAUUAUAGUGCCCAGUGGGCCGAAUAUUACAGGAGUAUGGGUAAACAUAAGGAAGCUGAAGCUAUUGAAGCACAGAUGAAAACUAAAGGGCCAAUGCCAGGAGCGGCGGGUGGAGCAGCGACUGGACAGACGCCAGCUGCACCAGGAACUCAACCUGGUGGAUACUCCCAAGCCCAAGCACCUUAUGGAGGUUACCAACCGCAAGCUGCAGCUGGUGGCUAUUAUGGCGGUCAACCCCAAUCAGCUCCAGUCCCUGGAGGAGUACCCCAAGGCGGCUAUGGUUUCCCAUCUUACGGUUACGGAGGCCAACAGCAAGCACCGCCACAAUCUCAGGAUUAAUCAAGAAAAUUUUAGAGUAUGGCCGCAAUUGUCUACUAAGAACUUCCAGAGAAAACAUUUCUUAGACCUUAAGAAUAUUUUAAAGAACAUUACAUCAGGUAUAUUUUAUAAUCGCAGUGUUUGUUUCCUGAACUAGAAGUUUCACACUCACGCUAUACCAGAUAUUCAGUAAUUAUUAGAUAUUUAAAUAUUUCAUUAUAGAUUUAAGACUUUUUUGUUUUCUGUUCAUACAAUUACACAAUGCAGUUGACAUCAAUUGGAAAUUUUGUUCCAAUAAAACGUAUGACUACAAUAUUUUUAUUUGCUUUUUAUUGAUUGGUCCCGUUGUAAUUUUGAAAAUAGAUAUAUGCUAGUGCUUAUUGUCGUAUUAAAUACUACCAUGAAUGUGUUUUACUUUAUUAUUUUUGACUGUGUUAAUUAUUUUUUCUUGUAAAGGUAUUUUUAUAUAGAACGUAAGUUUAAGAUUUACUAAGUGUUGAUUGUAUGAGGUUAAUCGGUAGGUAAAAUGGACAAUGGAGCUUGGAUCUGCAAAUAGGUAAGGAAUGUAAGGUUUAGAUGCUGCAUCACUUGGCUAAAAGUAACAUUGUAUGUCCAUUGAUUUUAUAAACAUUGAAAUUGUAAGUACACCAAGGACGACCGGUUUCGUUGUAUACAAUAUGCACAGCAUCAUCAGGUCCUAGUAACAGUCACAGGCAUCAUUUAGUUUACUGUUACUGGGACCUGAUGUUGCUGUACAUAUUGUAUACAAUAUUACCGGUUUCGGUCAUCCGGAGUAAAUAAUAAAUUUAUUGUAUGUCUCUUAAUUUAUUUCAUUUGACUAAUGUUUGAUAUUUAUUGAUACAAUUGAAAUGAUGCUUUCAUAAACAAAAAAAUAUUGUGUUUCAAUAAACAUAUGAAGGGUCAGAGGGAAAAAUUAUGAAUGUCAAUUUUUGGUCAUUUUGAGAUUUUUGUGUAAUCUGUUGGCUUAGAAAGAGUACUACCAACCUGUGAAUGGACAAGGGAAAAUAAAGAUAAUAAUCAUCUUAAAAUCACGUCACAAGAUUGGACGCAAGGGGUAAAAUCAACGAAUAUGUAACUUUGUUUCUCAUUUUACCGAAAAUGCGUGCAGAUAGAAAUUCAUCGUUCUUCCCCCUGACCCUUCAUAUGUUUUUCAUGCUUUUCAUCAUUUAUCACGUGAAAGAAUGAUAGAUGAGAAUGUAGAACAAUUGUGGUGAUGCAGAAAUACCAAACAUAUCAGAAUGAAAUGAGAAGUUCCAUAUUAUGUAAACAAUAAAUCUGAAACCUCCCGUGGAACCAAUUUCUGGGUACAUCGUUAAUCUCUGCCAAAAAAGGGAUUACAAUACAGUCACAUUCCGUCUAUUCAUCUAGGAAAAAUUCCAACCAAAGUUGAUUCUGUGUACUCAAAAUAUGAGUAAAAUGAAAGACAACUUAUUUUUUUCAUUCCGGUUCAGAGAUAUUUCUCCAGAUAUUUUGCCAAGGGCCACGUCGCUCAUUUUUGAUAUACACGUAUUACUAACUUUCAUGGCUGUGGAUAUCAAUUGCCCCUGAGAGUAGUAUCCGGCUAAUAGGCUUUUGGCCUAUUCCAUUGCGACCUUUUCAGAUCCAUUUUGCUCCUUUAGAUCUAGUUUUACUCUUUUUAAGGUCUAAUAACUUCCCAAGUCUAUAAGACUGACAAAAUGUUCCCUGUUGUUUCUUCUUGUAGGUGACAAAAUCUGCAUAUAUCAUGUGCCAAUCAGUUUAACUGCCUAUUCAGCUUACAGUGGCCUAUGAGCAGACCUACUAUGGCUUUGACUUGUCUUUGCUAUUAGGUAUGUUAAAUUUUGGCGAAUGUUCUCUAAUGUGCUGUUUCGUCUGUCUUUGUCCUGGUGAAUUCCUCCACUAUCUCAGAGAUUUGUAAGCUAUCCACUUUCUUGUCCCUGCCUUUGCAACACUACAAUUUUUUGUGUAUUGUAAGAAUGAUUUCCAAAGUUAAAUAAACAUAAUUUCAAACUACAAUUGUGGCUUAUUCCUAAUAAAAAUAGUAAAUUGUAUUAAGAUGCCAUAAGAAAGUAGCUUCAGGACUAUAUAAAUUGUGAUUCAGAAAGGUACUAAAAGAGCGAAACCAAGGUUUUGAGCUUCCAUCACUGAACAAUGUAUUGAGUCCAAAAUGAUUCAUUUCAAGUGAGAAAGAACAUGCAUCCAUAUUGUACAGCCACCAUCUGUUAGUGCUUAUCGACAAGCUACUGCCAAAGCUAGUUCUAGAGGGUAGUAUUUAGCAGCCCAAGUUAUGCAAAUAUAGAAACAAGUUUCGUUUAAUGAUGACACAAUAUUUUUGUCACUUUACUUCGCAGGACAUUAGUCCCAUUAAGAAUAUUUCGGGUGAUACUUGCAAAGACUUGAACACUUAAAUUAAUGUUGCCUUCUAAUGGACAAUCAGUGUUACUUUUGGUACGAAGUUUUUAGAAGACAAGCAGGUAUUGUCCAGUAUAAGUUAAGUUUUAGUUUCUAAUGUGUACUAUUAAUUAAAUCGGAUUAAAUCUAUUUCAUUGUAUAUUCAUUAAACAUGACCUAUAUGAUUGGU